GACCAAUUUCCGGACUUGAGUUGAAUAAUUGUACUUGGGAAUGUUGUGGUCUGGGACUUUGUCCUGCCUGUCGCCGUUUUCCUAUAUUUAUUUAUUUAUUUAAUCCUGCCGUGUUAGAUACGGUUUCUGUGCACUUGAUGGCGGUGUGCGCUCACGUCUCCAGAGUCCGUUCACUUUACAAGAGAAUUUUGGUCCUGCACCGCUUCCUGCCCAUAGAGCUCCGAGCCCUUGGUGACCAAUAUGUGAAGGACGAGUUUAGAAGACAUAAGAGUGCAGAACCCAAGGAGGUCAAGAGCUUCAUGAAAGAGUGGGAGAACUACAAGAACUCUCUGCAGACUCAGGUUCUGGAGUCAGCUGGGGAAAGAUACAGCUCAGUGAAGUUUGGGGACAACUUGUCACAGAAAAAGCUCAAUGAAUUCCAGGAUGAACAGAUCAGCCAACUGUAUGAACUCAUGGUGGAAGCCACCAAAUCCAAAAGACAGUUUGACAUACAAGAGGACAGGAAGUGAAGCUGCAGGCCAGAGAGCUGUGCUUGGACAGAAAGAAAAAAAACAAAACAACAACAACAUAUGACUAUGAUGAAUUUAAAACUGUGAGUGCUUUAGGUAAAGGGUGGUGCUCAAAGUAUUCUUUUAAGAAUAUUUGAUUACGUUAAAAUGCUGUGUAUUAAUUCUGUGUUGCUUUGUGUGACCCUUUUUUUUUUGUUUUUUGGUGCAAAUAAAAGUGAUGUCAUGCUACUCCUGAAGUACAUUAGCACACUAAUAAUAUAAGCAUAAUGGUAAUUUCACAUCCAGCCGUAUCACAAUACGGCUGUCCAGUGACUGUUUGCAUUUUGCCCUGCAUUUCUUCAGUAUUCCUCUUUUGAAUUCCAUUUUCUUGUUCUGCAAUUUCUGCCUUUUAAAAUCUUUAGACAGCUCUUAAUGUCUGCCAUGUAAAUGUGAUCCAGCAUGUUUAAAGUAGGGUCAUCUACUCAUUGGAGGGUCAGUGUUUUAGUCCUCAAUUGUCCUUGGGCAAAAUACUGAAUCCUAAAUUCUUCCCAGUGCAUCUAUCAGACCUGUAAGUGUGAAUGUUAGAUUUUUCACAAGUGCUAAAAGGCAUAGAAUAAAGUGUUGUAUUAAAGUAUGUGAAUAUGAAAA